AACAAUCUGAAGAGUACUGAAGGUGCUUUUGAUGUAUCAAACAUAUCUAUAAAUAAUACAAAACAACUUUCUGCAUGGCAUGAAUAUGCAUGUGGUUGUAAUCAAGCAACAACGUGUAUCAUUAUCUAUCGUCGUUGCGUUAUUAGAAAUCAUAUAUAUCAUUCUAUUAAUUAUCUUAAACGUCAAUCAACUAUCAGCUAUUUCGUGCAAUACGCCGACGAUGAUCGUAAUUUAUAUUUCGGAUCAGUCGAGUAUUUUUUCACUUUCAAAAAUUCAACUUUUGCACUCAUCAAUAAUUAUCCUAUUCAAAAACCGUUUUCCGAUCUUUUUGCAUCUUCUUCUUCUUAUCAUUUAUUAUUAUCUAAAUGCAUUAAUUCUUACUUUUAUAUACUUGAAGAAAAUUGUUCAUCAUGUCAUCACGUGCCGAUGCAGAAAAUAUUGAACUUAUGUGUUGUUUUUGAAAAAGACAAUUAUAUUAUUGUGACACCUAUUUCAGAAGCUUAUGAACAUGAUUAAACCAGGAAUAUAUUUGAUUCCAUAUUUAUUCAUUAAUGAUGAAUCUCAUAAAGCUUUUUUUUUAUUCCUUUAUUCAAAAAUAUCCUAUUUUUGUAGAUCAAUCGAAAAUCUACAUGCAUCUGUUCUAAGCAUCCAUGGCAAAUAAAAGCAUUCUGGAGGACCCCAUGUAAAAUCGAUAUUGCAGUUACGUAACUCGAAAGAAAUUGGAUCCCAAAUUAUGAUAAAUUUUAUUUAUGUAUGAUUUUUUUUCUUGAAAACUUCUCGAUUUAUGUAUAAAAUAGAUUUAUACACAUAUGUUCUUUAUAAAUAGUGACUGAAUCAGAUAGAAACUUCACAGAAACGCACAGUUUUGUUGGAGAAUGUUUCAGAUAUAUUUUUGUUUAUCAUGAACGUUUCCUCAGAUACUAAUGUAGGUGGGCGUAAGCGUGUGCCACGUGUUGUGUUUACACCAACACAAAAUGUAUCGAAUAGAAUCUCAUAUUACUAUCUUGUAUUCUUCAAUGAAACUGAAUCAUAUCAAAUUGUUGCACGAAGUAGCAUCAAAAAGAUUGAUGAUCAAGGUUCAGUAACGCUCGCAAUUCGUAACAAAUUGUUGAAGGGACAAAUUAUUCUUUCUGGUAUUUUUAUUUUUGAUCAUUUAGUUAAAUCUCUUUUAUUCUCUGUUCCUAGGUUCUCUUGACGUCUGCGAAAAGGAACUCAGUCGAAGGACGCGCUUGUCGCAACAGGAUAUCAAUAACAGUAAACUUCUUUUCACAUUCUCUUAUAUUACUUUUUGAUGCUGUAGACGAAAUCGAUACAGGUGAAGUUGAUGAUGAAGAAGAUAAUUCUGCAAUGAUGAUUGCAACACAACAGCCGAUAACAACACAGUCUCGUUUUCAGACUGCUUCAUCGAUUACAUUCGAUUCGCAAUCAUCUCGUACGUAUUUUAAAAUGAAAUAUUGGUUGAUAUUGUUUUUUAACCGGAUAAAUGCUAACUUUUCAGCAGAGAGCGAUGAAGUAGAAAAGGAAAAUUACGACUCGGACAGUUAUAUUUUUGAUUACCGUUGGAAUUCAGCAGCAAAAAAUGGUGUAAAUAAAAGAAAAUCUAAAUCUAAUUCCAUAAAUCAAAAACGAAAACGAAUGGAUAAUAAAAGUUAG